AUGCCAUCAGAAUCGCCGCCGGCGAUGGCCGUCACGUUUCCUCUUCCGCCACGCCCAUCUACAGUACCCCCAAUGAUAUCUACAGUAACCCAAGAACCUCUAAUAGAAGGGCAUCCGGAUAGAAUCGGGGAUUCAGAAGACGUGACGACAAUGCUUGAGAAUCCGUCGAAUCGAAAAAUUUCAAAUGAUAAUUUCAAUAAUCAGGAGAUAAUUACCAACCAAUUAUCGAUUGAUUCCAAUCAACCAUCGACUUCUCAGGCUCCGCCCCCUCAACAACCGGUGAAACCCGCUGUGACAGUACUCUUGGAUCAGGAACGAUAUCUACCGAUUGCGAAUGUUGUCCGACUAAUGAAAGGAAUGAUGGAUCCAUCGGCGAAAUUGGCGAAAGACGCAAAGGAAUGUGUUCAAGAGUGUGUAUCCGAAUUUAUCAGUUUCAUCGCUUCAGAAGCCGCCGAAAUAUGCAAUCAGACGAGGAAAAAGACGAUCGGAGCGGACGAACUGCUCACCGCAAUGGAAGCGUGCGGUUUCGACAACUACUCCGAACCAAUGCGAAUUUUUCUCCAAAAGUAUCGACAAGCCAAGAAAAUGUCCGGUCCCCCUCACAUCACCCAUCCGAACUACGUCCGCCCACCACAAUUCGCUGCGGACCCCCCAGUCCAACCGUUAUUUUAUGAGACGGAAAACGGCGGCACAAAAUGUACCGAAGACAUGUCGAAAGGAGGACACGGAGGAUACGUAGACGAUUGGAAUCUUCAUGGGUCGACUAGCUCCGCCCCCUCUUCCUCCAGAAUCCCACCACCUGGAACUACAGUAAUCCUGACUGGAAGGGGCGGAGACCAAGACGAUGAGGAGGAAGGAGGCGGAGUCAGAAGACAUCUGACACAGGAUGAGGAUGGGAAUAUUUAUGAGGAGGUGCAACUCGAUGAGGUAUCAAUGCAUGACUACCAUCAAUCCAAUGGACACCAUUUAUCCCAUCAUCAUGGUCAUCAUAGUCACCAACAAAUAAUCGAUGGAAUGGAAGAGGAAAUCGAAGAGAUUGUCGGCGGAGACCACGGAGGCGACGGAGACGUCGAUGAUAAUCAAAUGGGAAAUGCGAUUGCAUUGGAACAACAACAACAAAUGCAGAUAUAUAUUGAUCCGAAGUCGAAACAACACUACGCGGCGAAAGAGACACCAAACGGAAUGGAACUGUACCCACUGAUCAUCCAGAAUACACCACUUCAUUUGGAAAAUGUUACCGGAGCAAGUCAAUACGUAUUGAAUCUGGAAGACGGUUCGACGGGCCACGUGAUGAUACCGGACGAUUCGAUGCCGUCAACGUCUUCAGCCUAUUAUCAUCAGAAUUCCCCAUCGACGUCUUCUUCAUCGUCGUCACAUCAUCAGAAUCCUACUGGACGUCAUCUGGAGAAUCAGAAGGCGCCGAAACGCCGGAAACCGAAUUAUAUGAGUCAGGAGGAUUCGAUGGGAUUCAGAAGUCCAGAAGACGUCAAUUCGGUUAGACAACAUUUGGCUGGAAUGGGCGGGCCGACGGCGCCGACGAGAGGGAAUAAGAAGACACCGGCGAAGAGAAGACGAAGUUGA